AUGAAUUAAUUUGAAUAAUGUGAAAGAAAAAAGUAGUGUUCAUUGGAUUAAAUGUUCAAGAAAUACGAGGAAGCUACUUAAGUAUGUUUAUAUAUUAAUUGCGCAAGAGAUAUUAGAAAGGAUUGGAGGAGAAAAAGUAGAGAGCAAAGUUAGAAUCGGAUAAAGCGAGGGAGGCAUAAUUUAUUUAAAAGCUUGAGGCUUAGAAUAAAAAAAUAGAGUUUGAUGAAAAAAUAAUAGAAUCCUAAGAAAGAAAGAAGGAUUUAGAAAAACAUAUGUUAGAGAAGCAAUAGUAAAAAAAAUAAAAGGAUGAGGAAGUAAGGAGAAAGAAGAAGGAAAAUGAGGAUGAAAAACUUUAAAAAUUAUUGAAGAAAUAAGAAAAAAAGGAUUGUUAAGUGAAGAAGGUGAAAAAAGAUGUUUAAAAGAUUAAAAGGAAAGAUGAAUUAAAAAUUUUAUUAGAUCAAUCUGUUUCUGAUGAUGCAUCUAUGGAAUUAGAAGUCGAAAAAAAAAGAUAAUGCAAAUCAUUAUCAGAUUCAUUAUAGGCAUUAGAGAGCGAUUAAAUCAUCUAUUUUAAAUUACAAAAAUAAAAAGAGGUUGAAAUCAAGGAAAAUAAGAAAAAGCAAAAAUAAUAAAAAAUUAUGCCAUCAAAAACAUUUAGAGAAUAAUCUGUUCCCACCAUUAAGAAAUCUAUAAUAUUUCCAAUUUUAAUUCGUACCAAAUAAGAUGAUAAUUCAUAUGUUUUACAAUCUAUUCUAUAACAACAAUAACCCCAAUCACCUACAUUCAAAAAUGAAGAAAAUUCAAGCACAAAUGUUACUCCAAAAAAAGAGAAAGAAGAGGAACCACAAUUUUUCAAACUUUGUUAAAUUUGCAAUAGUAUCAUAGAAAAUGAAGAUGACAAUAAACAUAUUUAAUCUAAGUCUCACAAAUAAACAAAAUAGUAUUAUAAUCUAUAAGCUACUUAAAAUGACAUUUUAGUUGUAAAAGGAUCUAAGGAUGAGAUCUCUUAGAAUAGAUUCUAAUCAAUCAGAAAAAGAUGUCAAAAAAUUAAACAAAAAAUAUAAUAAAAGAGUCUAUAAUUAGAAAAUAUGAAUAUUUAUUGUUAUAAAGAACCAGGAAAUAGUUAUAACAGAUAAAGGAUCUAGAAAUUAUCUAAUGAUCUUGAUAAAUUGUUGAACAAUUAAAUUAAGGAUUUAUAUUAAAUUGAGUAGCAAAUGAAAGAAUUACUAAAAUUAGUGAAUCAAGAAACAGACUUAAUUAACCUAAGAUAAAUGAAGUUCAUCUAAAUUGUUAUCGAAGUUUUCAAGAAGAUCUCUUCCUGUCAUAAAAAUGAAUAUACCUAAUAUCUUAAAAUAAUUGGAGUGGUAAAUAUUAUUUAAUUAUCAUUGAGGCAACUGAAAUUGUUUACCAGUUCUGUAGUGUGUAUAAUAAUAGAACCUAUAUGUUGGCAAGCAAUAAAUUAUUGCCAAUUAUUGAUUUUAUGUACAACUUUUUAGCGUCAAAGCCAACCAAAUUUAUAUACAGUUAUCAAUUCGUUGCUUAAUGUUUUUAAAUAUUUAGUUUACUUAUCAAGCAUAAAUUACCUACUGAUCCUCUUUCAGAUUUAAAUAUUCAGGGAAUUUAAGAAGAUACUUUGGAAUAUAUGUAUUGUUGUGGAUUAUUCAAUAAGAUGAAAUUAAGAUUUCUAUCGUUUGAAAAAGAUUACAUCAAUUCUGAAGGUAAAAUCCCUGUUGCUCUUGUUAAGAGUGUUGCAUUUAUAGAGGCUGCCACAAACUACCAUGGAUUUGAGUAUACUUAUAUAAUAAUCAUAGGACACAAAAUAAAUCAUUAUUUGAUGAAGAAGGAAAACGAAUAUCCAAAAGUUUUGAAGAACAUCUCAAGUUUGUGCUUAAAGAAACAGAACUAUUCGGCUUAAUAUAAUUAAUUAGUUAGAUGGUUGUUGGUGAGGAAGUUUGUUUUACUACUAAUAAGUUACUUCCCUAAACAAUUAUCAGUUUUUUCAUGGUAGGAAUUAAAACUUUGAACAAUAUUGCUAGAUUAAAUAUUAUCGUUUUGUAGGAAACUAUGAAUAAACAAUCUAAUAAAUAAGAAGUUCAUAUGAUAAUAUAAAGACUUGUAACGUAUUGUAAAUGCAACCUUGAGUAAAGUUAAGAUUUAAAAGACUUGCUCAAUGAAUUAAUUCUUUUAAUAGGAUAUUAUUGUGUUUUAAACCCAAAUAAUCAAAAUUCCCUUGUAGGAUCAAUGAAAAAGAUUUCAGUAUUACAUAAUUUAUUGCAAAUGCCUUCUCAAUUUUAUGUUGAUAAAAUGUUAAAGAACAUUCUCUUUCCUACUCUAUUAUGUUGCAUGUUUAGAAAUCCUAACAAUAUGAAAAUUGUAUUAGAUGAAAUGGAUAAAUCCUAUUUCUUAGAAAUUUUAUAAUACGAUGUAAAUUCAAUAUAUAAUGUAGUCUGAACAAUUUUACGAAAACCACAAUGGCUAAUAGUUAUAAAGAUCACCUUCUAUGUCCAGUACAAAUUCUUAGAAUUCCGUAUUUCCAUACAGUUCUGCUGUAUACUUUAAACUUAGUUAACGAUUUCCGAUGUGUUAUUUUAAGGAGGCUUAUACAGAAUUACUAGAUUAUAAGGAUUGA